AUGUUCCGUGCUUUGACUUUGAAGGCUUCCGCUAGACCAGUUGUUGCCGGCUUGUGCUCUCGCCAAGCCCCAAUUGCUGCUGUUCGUUACAUGUCUACCCCAUCACCACAAGAUCCAAAGGCCAAGGCUUCUUCAAUCUUGGAUGCUUUGCCAGGUAACACUGCUUUGUCCAAGACUGGUAUCUUGGCCACCAGUGCUGCCGCUGCCGUGUAUGCUAUCUCUAACCAAUUGUACGUUUUGAACGAAGAAACCAUCUUGGUUGCUACUUUCACCGGUGUUGUGUUGGCUGGUAUCAAGUUCUUGGCUCCAGCUUACAACGAAUUCGCUGAAAACAGAGUUAAGCAAGUCAGCAGCAUCUUGAACUCCUCCAGAACCAAGCAUGUUGAUGCUGUCAAGGAAAGAAUCGAAUCCGUUUCUGAAUUGAAGAACGUUUCUGAUACUACCAAGGUUUUGUUCGAUGUUUCCAAGGAAACUGUCAAGUUAGAAGCUGAAGCUUUCGAAUUGAAGCAACAAGUUGACUUGGCUGCUGAAGCCAAGUCUGUAUUGGACUCAUGGGUCAGAUACGAAGCCUCUGUUCGUCAAUUACAACAACAACAAAUCGCUGACUCCGUUGUCGCCAAGGUUCAAAGUGAAUUGGGUAACCCUAAGUUCCAAGAAAAGGUCUUGCAACAAUCCGUUGCUGACGUGGAAAAGUUGUUGGCUAACUUGAAAUAA